AUGUGGGAAGGUCGGCCUCCCACCUUUCCCCGAACCCGAAGCCGUUACCUUGAAUGUGUUUCCUGCGCCUCAUCAGACCUGAGCUGUGAGAGAGGCUGGGUCCAGAGCCUGCAAUGCCGCAGCCCUGGAGAACAGUGCCUGGAGGUGGUGACCCACCGGACCCUGGAAGGCAGUCCAAGGGAUGAGCACCACACCCGCGGCUGUGGCAACCUUCCUGGCUGCCCGGGCCCCACCGGCUUCCACAACAACCACACCUUCCAUUUCCUGCAAUGCUGUAACACCACCAAAUGCAACGGGGGUCCAGUUGUGGAGCUUCAAAACCUGCCUCUGAAUGGCCUCCAGUGUUACAGCUGUGAGGGGAACAGCACCCAUGGGUGUUCCUCCGAAGAGACUUCCCUGACUGCCUGCCGUGGCCCCAUGAGUCAAUGUCUGGAAGCCACUGGCAGUAAUGGCCUGGGCAACCCAAGCUACACAGUGAGAGGCUGUGCAACCCCCUCAUGGUGCCAAAGUCUCCACGUGGCUGAAGCCUUCAGCCUGAGCCAUCUCAACGUCUCCUGCUGUUCUGGAAACGGCUGUAACCAUCCAGUCCUGGAUCGCCAGCCACGCCGGGGGGUGCCCCCCGGCGUGGCCCUGCCCACCUCAGCCUCACCGUCACCCUGCUUAUAAGUGCCAGACUAUGGGGGGGCACUCUCCUCUGGACCUGAAGCCCACACUCCCCCUGCCCUGGCUGGAUCCAGGGGAACCCUUUGCCCUUCCCUCGGCUUCCAGCGCUGCAGAUUUGCUGUGUGACCUCAGGCCAGUGUGCCGCCCUCUGUGGGUCUCAGCCAUCCCAGCUGUCAAGACACCUGUCUCACAGAGUUGCAGAACCAGAGGAGAAAAGCUGGAGAUAGGCUGCAGGCCAGCAGGAGAGGUCUUGUCAUAUUAGUAUCGUUGCACCAUCGUUGUUAUUAUUAAUUAAUAUUUGUUUUAUUUAAUAUUUUAUACUGAAAUAAAGAUUUUUAUACCAGUGAA